AUGACAAAUCUUACAAACUUGUCGUUCGUUGCAUUGGACAUUUCUGGGGAGAAUUAUCUAUCGUGGGUACAAGAUGUAAAGUUGCAUUUGGGUUCAAAGAAAUUAAGCAACACAAUAAAGGCAGAAAACACAUCCACGAUCGAAGAAAACUUUACCUCUAUUAUUUUUCUCCGACACCACAUGCAUGAAGAUUUAAAAUCUGAGUACCUAGAAGUCGAGGAUCCCUUUAUUUUAUGGGAAAAUCUAAAGGAUAGGUUCGAUCAUCAGAAACUAGUUUAUCUACCUGCAGCUGAAAAUGAUUGGGCUAAUCUAAGGCUUCAAGAUUUUAAGAGUGUUCGGGCAUAUAGCUCAGCCCUAUUCAAAAUAAGUUCUAGGCUCAUUAUGUGUGGUGAGGUUGUUACUGAGAAAAGAAAGAUCGACAAAACAUUAUCUACUUUUCAUCCCAAUAAUAUCAACUUAGGCGAGAUGUACAGGGAGCGCAAGUUUGCUAAGUUUGGGGAUCUCCUUUCAACCCUCCUUGUUGCCGAGCAGAAUCAUGAUUGGUGA